AACACACUGCCCGUGUUCAGAUAGAGGGGUGUUGUAGUUUUUCGUUAAAAAGGGCUUCUGCCGUGAUUGGCACAGGAAUCGUGGGUUACACCAUGUUUCUUGCGGAAUCGCUAUCAAGAGAUUUCGGAAGCAUAAUUUUUGAAAACUGGGGCUGCUAGUGAUCAUCUGUCCGGGCGCCCCAACAAAUAUUGUUAAAAAUAAUAUCAGAUCUGAACGUCUGUUCUGCCUUCUCGUCACAGAUGUGUGAUCUGGGUACAUGUGAAGUUUGUGUUCACCGUAAUAUCACUGUGUCCUUAACUUUUAGAAUAAUUGCUGAAAUUCCAACCAAGCGGCAGCAUGUCAUGUACCCACCGACACAAGUUAAACCCCUGAUCGGGAUACUUGAAUGAAACAAACGAAUUGUGUAGAGAUGUACAGUCCCUCCGCCCUCGUCAGUAACAGAAACGACGUGUUGAAUCCAGUGAAUCCAGCGAGUCGUGGUUGAUUUUUGCCGGUUCUUGUUCACAGGAGUGAAAAUAAGUCGAGCGCUGCUCAGCAGGAAGUCAGAGCUACAUCAGCGCAGUGCGCAUGCGCCGCGGCUCUCCACAUUCUAGGGAUGCGUUUCUCUUCAUAAAACGAUGAGCAAACCCCUGGAUAGCUGUUCUGUGAAAGCGGCCCCCCUCUCAAGUCUACUGUGAGCGUGAAUGGCGACCACCAAUGAGGUCACGGUGUCUAUGGGGGAGGUGGUAGUGGUGAAGGCAGAUGGAGAGGGUGACCUCGAUGACCCGAAUAAGACUCAGGUCAUCCUCCAGCUCCAACCCAUCAACGCUGGAGAUGAAUCUGCAGAGACAGAUGCAGCUGUCAUGGCUGUCGAAGCACAUCCAGAACAAACGGAGGGAGAUGAUGUAGAAAUCGGCUGUCCCAUAACUUGUGGCGACUGCAAAGCUUUGUUGCUCGUGAAGAAAUUUGUGUGUCCGGGAAUCAACGUCAAAUGUGUGAAGUACGAAGACCAGCUGAUCAGCCCCAAGCAGUUUGUGCACAUCUCUGGAAAAGCCACUCUGAAAGACUGGAAGAGAGCCAUCAGGAUGGGUGGAGUCAUGCUCAGAAAAAUGAUGGACUCAGGACAGCUCGACUUCUACCAGCACAGCACACUGUGCACCAACACGUGCCGCAGCACCAAGUUUGACCUUCUCAUCAACAACACGCGCUUCCCUCCGGAUGGCAGCGGACUUAUCACGCCCACGUCCUCUCAAGCUCAGGUGGUUCUGGGUAAUGGCGCGGCAGUGGGCGAGGACAGACCAGAAGCUCUGAGCGGGAAGUUGGACUGGAGCUCGGCCUCACUGGAGUCCGCGGACAAGAAGGAAUCCAACGAGAUCUCGGAGGACACGCUGAACUUCUGGAAGGGGAUUGCCGAUGUGGGUUUGCUGGGUGAAGUGGUGACCAACAUCAGCAGUGAGCUGCUUGAGAUGCUGAACGGCGUGCAGCAGCUCCGGGAUCUGGCUGCCUUACAGGACACAGAUUCCUGUCUGGUAGAGGUGGCGGUGCUCAGUAACCUUGCCCAAGUGUUUGGCCUGCUCGACUCGGUCCAGAGGAUCCUGGAGAGGAGGCGGCAGCAGACGGAUCCCGACCAGGAGCAGAUCCUCAACACGCUCAGCAACCUGGAGGUGCAGCUGGAGGAACAGAGGAAGCAGCAGCAUGUGCGAGCGCUUCUCUCCUGCCCGCAGCCCGCCAAGAACAAAACUCCCACCAAGCGCCCGACCAAGCGGCCUCGUCUGCAGAGGCCCGCCUCCACCACCACCCUCCUGACCUCCCCCGUCAGCCAGCAGGCCACCCUGCAGCCCCAGCAGUUCACCGUUCUCUCACCCCUCUCGCUGUCUUCCAUGGGUCAGCCGUUCACCGUGGCCGGCCUACCCAUCGCCUCCCUCGGCCAGUCCUCCAACACGGUCACGCUGCUUCCCGCUGGCUCGCAGCUCUUCACCCGCUACAUGGUGACCGGGGACGGGAAGGCGGACACCAUCACCUUGCACCCGUCCUCAGGCCUAACUUUGGUGGGCACCACCGCUGUGCAGGACUCCGGCCAGCUGGGCACGAUGAUGAGCCCCUUGGAGCUGGUGCACCUGAGCCAGCAGAGCAGCAGUGCAGAGGUGGUCCCCUUAGAAGGCCAGGUGGUGGACGGCACCAUGCUGGUGCAGCAGGAGAUGAUGCAAGGCGAGGUGGACACCGGCCAGGAGCACACGGUCAUCGAGAUCAACCCGGCUCCGGUGGAGCAGUCGGCGGGGGUGAUGGAGCUGCAGCUGACGGAGGAGUCGUCAGGCAGAGACGUGGCCGACAUGGUCGUCCAGAGCGGGGUGGCGUUGACGAUGGCGGCCGAAGGGGAGGAGACGCAGUGCCAAAUUCAGGAGGCGCAGACUGAAGGGGUUCAGGGGCUGCAGCUGGAUGCCAGCGGACAGUUAUCAAGUGUACAGAUAGUGGUGAUAGAAGAAAACACUCAGGAAGAAAACAAGGUGAAAUGAGACACACCUCCUCUUUUAUCCAGCCAAGCAGGUAUGAAUUCGGACUGAGUGAUCAGAGACUCGUGAAAGUGUAAAUACACCGAAUUUCCAAAUCCACAGAUUGACUUUGCCUCAGACCAAGCACGAGGGUUGUCAUUUUCACUUUUUUUGGCGUGCGUGUGUGCGUGUGUGUGUGUAUGCGUGUGUGUAUGUACAUGCUCCUCUCAACUUUUUGUUAAUUUUUAUGGAAAGAAAGAGUCUUCACUACAAAGAUCAAUAUGCUCCUGAGUGUUGGUUAUUUAAAGGAUAGUUCCAGUUCAUCAUGGCUGGAUUCUUGUUUUUCUAGUUCUGGCCAUCGUUUCUGUCUGCAAUGUAUUAACUCUGUACUUACCAAUCAAGUGCUGACAUCCGGCAACGUAGACAUCGCUUAGCAGAGGUCAGCAGAGUCCAAAGAGUCGGAGAGAGGUUGCAAACACACCUGCAGGCGAACCAAACUUACUCGAAGGAGGAAACGAUGGGAAACUAGAAAAUUGAGCUGUCUACUGUAAACAGACAGACAUGGCGGUUCAGGUCCAGCCUGCUAUAAAUGCAACAGUUUCACACGGCUUUAAACCUGACCGUGUGCUCACUUUGUUUUUACUUUCAGAUUUAAAGGGGCAGUAAGCGAUUCUAAAGCAAUACGCAUUUUGUAAACAUCAGCGAAUAUUUCCUCACCGUCCGCAAGCUGUCGCUUCAGAGUGUGUGGCGGAAAAAAAUGUGGGUUUUCGACUCAGCCCUGGCUCUGUAAAUCAAAAAACCAAAAAAUGGUCGAGAACUCAAGAGACGUGCUGGCGGGUGGCGCUGCAGCUACGGGGUUUUGGCCACGGUCCGGCCAGAGCAGUGAAAUCACGACGACAGCAACAAAGACAGAAACAAGCUUUCUCCAAGAUCGCUUACUGCCCCUUUAACUGUUAGCUAAAAAUCAACCUGAAUGCAGCCUCAAAGUCAAGGUCUUGCGUCAAAUUUCUAUUUUGGUCCUGACAUCAGUCCAUACAUCUGUCAAUAGAAAUUGUUCUGUGGCGCAACAGAAGUUUGAGACCCCUGGUUUAGAUAAUGUUGCAAAACUGUUUUCCUUGUUUACAGCCUUUGUGAUCAUCUCACCACUCACGUCAGCAUGUUGCAUUCCCGGAUCUCAGUGACUACAUCGGUUGGUGCUGUGGUGUUAUCACUUGAUGAAAACGAUGGCCAAAUCUGAAGAAAAAAAAUAGAGGUGAGACCAACGUUGUUAACCAGCAACAGAAUCAUCCUUUGAGGCCCCAUGAACACAGAACGCAGCCGUCAAGUCCUCAUGGGAGGCAUCAAUGGUGCUGAUGAUUCAUCAGUUCUGGCUCAUUACCAGUUACAGUGUUGCCGUCAUUUAAGGCCAAGGUCAUUUGCACUGCCUGUCGCGUCGCAGCGCCGCGUCCAAGCCGUAUUGUUUUUUGCACAGUGCGACGUCCUUUAAGGGACUACAGGAAGGGAAAGAUGCCCACUCUCUAAACAUUUCUUUAGAACCUGGUCAUACUGUGCACAGUGAACAGACUGAAUUCCUCUCGAUGCGAUUGUAUCAUCCUCCUGUCAGUGGUUUCUUGCUGCCUGGUCUCAUAAACAAAACAAUUUUUCUUUUUCAUUUUUUUUUUUCUAAGUGAACAUCUCUUGCUUUUCUUUUUUUAUCAUAGGUAGUGUGAGCUCCUGGACUGAUUCUUUGUGUCAGUGUAUAAAAGAACUUAUAUACUUAAUGUCAAAUGUGGUAUGCCUGUAUUUUUACACUUCUAAAGUAGUUUUAUUUAUUAGUUUUUCAUCUGGCCUCUGAUCAAGAUGCAAACCUGGAAUAUUGUAUGCUCAUGGCUCUAGCUCACACCAACAAAGACCUGUUCAGGACUUGUGCUUUUCCAAUAAUUUAAUUUAACAAAUGAGGGUAUUUGCAUACGGACUUUGUAAAGUGUUUUAAUAUCAGAUUAAAACGGAGAGAAAGAAAAAAUG